AUGGGCCCGGGCGGCGGCGCCCUCCGUGCCCGGGGGCUGAGCCCGUCGCCAUGGGUGCCCCCCGGGCCCGGGGCCUCGUCGUCGUCGUCCGCCGCCAGCCCCAGGCGGGAAGCGGGCCGCGGCGGGCAGGGCGGAGGGCACCUGUGCCCGCUGCGCGGCGAGGGAGCCUUGGCGCUCAUCACCAAGGACCGGACGCAGACCCCCAAGCGGCCCUGGCCGCCCCCCGCGCCCCCGGAGGCCGGGCCCCCCACCCCGGCCGAGCGGCUGGCCGCCGACUACGUGGUGCCCUGCAUGAGCUGCUACGGCAUCUGCGUGAAGGAGGGCUUCCUGGGGGCGGCCCUGGGCACGCGGGUCCUGCGCGAGGUGGAGGCCCUCGACCGCCAAGGCCGCUUCCGAGACGGCCAGCUGGUCAGCCAGCGGGCCGUCCCCUCCCGGAGCAUCCGCGGGGACCGGAUCGCCUGGGUGGACGGACGCGAACCCGGCUGCCAGGGCAUCGGCGCCCUCAUGGCCCGGCUGGACCAGCUCAUCCUGCACUGCGCCGGACGCCUCGGAGGCUAUGUCAUCAACGGCAGGACCAAGGCCAUGGUGGCGUGUUACCCGGGCAACGGACGGGGCUACGUGCGGCACGUGGACAACCCGCAUGGGGACGGGCGCUGCAUCACCUGUAUUUAUUACCUGAACCAGAACUGGGACAUUAAGGCCCACGGAGGUUUGCUGCAGAUCUUCCCGGAAGGGCGGCCGGUGGUCGCUAACAUUGAGCCGUUGUUUGACAGGUUGCUCAUCUUCUGGUCCGACAGGCGCAACCCACACGAGGUCAAGCCCGCCUACGCCACCAGGUACGCCAUCACCGUCUGGUAUUUCGAUGCCAAGGAGCGGGCCGCAGCCAAAGACAAGUACCAGCUAGCCUCGGGCCAGAAGGGCGUGCAGGUGGCGGUGUCCCAGCCCAGCCAGCCCACCUAACGUAGAGCCGUCGGCGCUGGACGGGCGGACGGCCGUCGCCCCCUUCUUCCUCGUCCCCGCCCCUCCCGGGAACGGCCUCUGCCCCCCGGGCCGCCGCUCUCGCCGCCGCCGCCUCCUCCCUCGGCCCGGCCCCGCACCCCUCUGCUCGCGACGGAGAGACGGGCCAGCAGGAGCGGGAGCCAGCGGGGAGGGGACCCCAACCCUUUUUGGAACCGAGGGGAGCGGGAGGAUGGCGGGGACAGGCACCUAGGGGCCCCGGGGGGUCCCCCUCCAUCCCCUCGGGCCGGGGGCGAGGCCGGCGCCUCUCCCCGGGCAGGACCGGAAGCCUCGGGGUCGGGCGGGUCACGGCCUCUUGCUGGCAAAGUGGGGGGCGGCUCCCCCACUCCCCCAGCCCGGAAUGUGAAGCGACCCGUCGCCCCGACCGAACCGUGCCACCCGCCGGGGGUAGGCGGGCACGAAACGUGCAUGGACGGCCUGCCGUGGAAUAAAGUUUACCUCAUGGA